AUGUCAUUUCAGUAUCCUCUUUUUACUUUAAUCAGGAUCUCUUGUGUUUUAUUACCCGGAGAUCGAUGUAAGUCGUUUGAACCAUCGGGCGCAGUAACAUAUAUCUGCCCUUAUUCAACUUGCUGGGUUCAGAAUAAUCAGUGGACUUUGUUAACGCAAUGUCAGUUCCAACAUUCGCCGGACAAAAGCUAUAGUGAACUAAAUUGCGCUGAAUACACUCCUUGUAAAAUCCAGGACAUGUACCUUUUAACGUGUUACUCUUAUACUUGCCCUUCCAAUGCCAUCAGUUGUGACAAGUGUCAAAAGAAGUGA